ACUUGAGGUGAUUUUAUUUGUAUAGCACUUUUAACAAUAGAUUAAUAUUAUUAUACCACAGCACUGAAUUUUCAGUUCUGAUUGGUCAUAAGGUGUUGACGUUCUAUAACAGCUGUAAAUCGCAGGUUUGUAUUAAUGCACUUGUUGUAAUAUAUAAUCAUUGCGUAUGCUCCAUGGAAAUAGAUUUAAAAAAAAAAAAGUUUGUAGUUGUUGAUAUGCUGAAGUUUUAUGAGGAGUUUGUUUAUUUAGCAUUUAUGGAAGGAGUCUCCACUUCCAUAAGUCAGCCCAUUGUAUCAUUCAGUAAGUUUUCCACAACGGGGAAGUCUUCACGCAAGAGAACUUCGCGUUUUGUGAUUUCUCUGUAAAACGACAAGCUGCGUUUUCUGAUUUAUUAACAUCAAGAGAGAGAAAGAAAAGAGGCUGGUGAGGGAACGACUGUUUACAGCUGCUAUAAUGUAAGUGAUAACAGGAGUUAACAUGUUUCACAGACAUUCCACAACAUGAAAUGUAACUAUAAACAGAUAAUAAUUUUUUUUAAAAAUAAAAACUGUAAGUGUUUGCAAAUUGCUGUGGUAUAAGAGGAAUAAAACACUUCAGGAUGUGGUGUUAUAGGAAAGUAAUCCACUUCAGGUAAUAAUUACUCCACUUUGUGUCUGGCUACAACACACCAACCCUGUCACUGAUUAUUUUAUAAUAACAGCACGACCCCAAGUGCUUUAUUACUUAUCAUAGUCCAGGUCUAUAUCAAGCUCUAUCAGGCAACAUUGAAAAGGGAAAACUCCCUGAGAGGACAUGAGAAAGAACCCUCAAAAAGGAACAGACUCAACAGGAAACUGAUCCUCUUCUGCUUAAAACCCUGCCAGCUUACCAAAACUCCCCAUGCCCAUCAACCCUCAGACCUGCAGCGUAAUCUAAAAGAAGAGUAGUUUGCAAAAAGAUUCACAGUAUAGAUAAAAAGUAAAAAGUUAAAGUGUAAACCACUUUAAAUUACGUUUUUAACUGUAGUGUGUGGUGGGUGAGGAAUAACAUACAAUGGCGCUGCUUCAUUCACGAACAAUUCAGCACUUUGAUUCAGCUCUUUCAUUCAGCAUUUUGAUUCGGUUCUUUGAUUCAGAAUUUUGAUUCGGCUCUUUGAUUCAACUCUUUGAUUCAGCAUUUUGACUCAACUCUUUGAUUCAACUCUUUGAUUCAGCAUUUUGAUUCGGCUCUUUGAUCAGAUUAUUUUAAAUUAACACUAGGAGCCGACUCGCAUUUCUAAGAAGCAGUUUUUAUUCUGUAAUUGUUAUAUCAGCCUACAGAUCGUUAAAUCUAGUUACAGGCUCAUAAACCGUUUUAUUUCUGAAAACCGGCAGUGCUGGAGAAAGAUCCGUUUGGGAGUCGAAAGAGCCGACUCUUAUUGGUGAGCUAAACUGCACCUUAAUCUGAAAGAGCAACUGUGCGUUAAAUGCCUGAUUAAACAAGACGUUUCUUCAGUUUAAAUUAAUGAUUAAAACUAUCCGAGUUCCAGACAUCAGAAGAAUAUGAACUAGAAACAACUAAAACAGGAUUACACUAAUCCUCAAUACCUCCCUACUUCCUCUAUAAAAUGAGUAAAUUCCUGAGCUCACCUGUGCGCGAGGCCGCUCUGUUUCCUGAACGGUGAUUGGUUGUUGUGUCCACGGUGGCUGCGUUUUGAUUGGUUACCGGUAGUCCGACGUGUUGCAGGGCAAUUUAUACUAGUUUAUGGGUGCAGGAUCUCAAAGUGCACUACUCCCACACACAUUUAGUGGUCAGACACUGGAUUAGCUGUGGUGUUCUUCAGGACAGGCAUCGAGUUCAACAAUACGCACAACUUCAUGAUAAGACGAGAAAAGCAUUUCCGCUGCCGUGCCAAACAGCAACAUGAAGAGACACAUGCACAGAAACACGGACAGCACCAACAGCUGUGAUCGAAUCAUCAGCUUCAACUCUCGAGCUAGUGAUGGUAGCUCACAGCAUCUCUCUGCAGAAGAGACGGCUUGUCUCACAUUUUUGGAGGAGACCAUCGAGUCCAUAGUUACAGAGGAUAGUGCUCUGUCCAGUGAUGAUGCCCAAUCUUCUGGAAACACGAUUGGCAAAAACCAUCACGUCACAUGCAGCGUUCAUCAGGACACGUCAUCCCGCAACUCUUUUCCAGUGACUGCUGGCUUGCAGGAUCUCUCUGCAGAAGAGAAGGAAUGUCUCAAGUUUUUAGAGGACACCAUCGAUUCCAUAGAGGAUGGAGGUCUGUCCAUGGAUGAUGCUGAGUCUAGGAACAUUAUGGGCAAAAAACAUCACAUCAGUCCAAAAAAGAAUUACCUGGUUCCUACACCUCUUGUCCUGGCAAUCAGCAAUGGUAAUAUCCCUCUCAAAAAAGGAAUGGUAUCUUCCAAGGAAAACCCCCUACCAAAUAAGGAUAAUAGCCCUCCGAAUGAUCAACCAUCAUCUGAUGAUGCACCCCGUUGGGGGCUUUUGUCCUAUGAUGAGCUAUGCAAGAGUGUCUCCAUGAUAAAAACCUCAGUUGAUAAGCAACCUUCUGCACAUGGUGGCCAGAUGUAUUCUAAAAAACCCCAGAACAUUUCAGAAAGCUGUUGCAGUAAGCCCAAUCCUCCACCCAUAGCCCCUAAGCCCAAGAUGAUACCUUCACAUGUAGCCAUUUUGAAUCAUAAAGGACGCAUCAUCCCUAAUCCAGAGUCAAAUCUGCAUCACUUAUCUACAUCUCGUGAAAAUCGUGGUUUGAUGAGACCAGACAAGGCCAAGCUAAAGGAGGAUGUAAUACCAGAAAACCAGAAGGACUAGAAGGACCAACUGGACAAGUCUGGAAUGAAGUUGGAGAGCAGUGAGGCCAACGAUAAGCAAUUAGCACUCCAAAAGCUAUCGCAUGCCCUGAGCUUGAGCCUACCGAUGGCUUCUGACAUAGAUGAGGACCAUCGAUGGGCUCUAAGGAAACUAAGAUUGCUUAAAGACUAAGUAUUGCCAAACAGUCAACUCCAGAAUUAUUGGCACCCUUUGUUGACUAUCUAAGUUAAAUAAUGCUUAGACAUAUAACAAUUAACAAUUAGACAGAUAACAAUUAGGCAUAUAUGGAUACUGUAUAGUUUUGUUUUAAAAAUUAUUGGCAACUCACAAUUAACAAUUUUGUGCUGCCUCAUGUACAGAGAAUAACAGAAUUGAAUCGACAGCUUCCUGUAAUGUCUAACAAGGUUUCAGAGACCUGGACACUUGUAGAGGAUCUUGGACACUAGCUUGGAACAGAUGUAGAUGAUCAUGGACCUUGUAGAGGACUUUGGAUGCUUCUUCAGUUCAGACCAUAGGAUUUCACCAUGGUUGAAAUUCAACAGAGAUUGAGAUGGUCAUUGCAAAACUGAUUUUAUGUUUGUGCAACUAUUUCUGUGCUGAUUUAUUAUCUAGGGUCAUUAUCUUGUUAGAAGCUCUAUCUAUGGACAAGACUUAACCUCCUGCAAGAGGCAACCAUAUUUUGGGCUAAACUAUCCUGGUACUUAGUAGAAUUUAUAAUGCCAUCAAUCUGCACACGAGUCCCUGAAACCGAGCCACAAAACAGCAAAAAACAAAACUGACACACCACUGUUUUGAGAUUUUGGGUGCUUUUUGCAUGAAUGCAGGAUCCGUUUUUCACCAAACGUUUAUGCCACAAAGUUUGAUGUUAGUUUCAUUUGACCUCAAUGAAUGAUUCCAGUUGUAGCUCCGAUGGGUCUUGGAAAGGGCUUCUUUCUUUACAACCAUACAAUCUUUCCAAACAGCUUGGUGUAUAAUCUACUUUUGAUUAACAAUCCCGAGAGUCAAGCUGUCUAAGCUGUCUAAUAUUUUGGGAAAAUUUGAAUCAUCUGCUAUAGUUUGUGCAUUUCAUACAAUCAUUUCUGAUCAUUCUCUUGAAGGGUGCCAAUAAUUCUGGUGCUGAAUUUAUGGAUUUCAGAGACCAACAGUAUAAGCAACAGGCAGUGAAAAUAUAUUGUAAUAUCAACCAGUUGCCUUCGAUACAAUAACAAUGACUUCUUCGACAACAUAUUUUUCUCUUGAGCUCCAGUAUCAAGCCUCAGAUUUGUUUAAGUUUUCAGUCCGUUCGUGCGGUUUGAAAAACAAAUCUGUCACAGUGUUGCCUGCAUAUGCACAUGAACACAUGAAUGACAGUGUAUUCAGCACUCAGAUUAAAGACUGCCAUCUUUAGAACUGUGAGUUCACCAGUGUGAACGUAUAAAAUAAUGAUGAUUUUAUAAACUACACUUUAAACUGCACUUUCACCAAGUUGUACUUUAAUAAUACAUCUGAUUUGGACAGUGAUACAAAUUUC